AUCGGAUCGAGUUUCAACAGGACGCCUCCUUAGUCCUCGCCUCCGAGAUUCGAGGUCCAAAACCGCUACCUGCCCAUCGAUCUCCGGCGACAGGCAUCGUACCACCUUCGCAUCCGCAUCUCUGCCACCGUCGAACUACUCGUCCCGGGGACGGUAAACGCGAUAUGCUGCUGCGGUGGUGGAGCUACCGUUACCGGCCGCCUCAGAGGAGCGGACUUCUGGCGGCUUCGCUUGUGCUCCUCAUCCCGUCCUUCUUCCCCUCGCUCUUCAUCCCGCUUGGUCGCACCUUUCCUUCCAUCUUCUCUGAGUGGAAUGCUCCACAACCUAAGCAUCUGUCCCUUUUAAAGGGUGCCUUACAACAUAGAACAUCAAUUGACAAAAAGUCUGAACUUUGGGCUCCCUUAGCACCACAAGGAUGGAAACCUUGUAUCCGACCAUCGACUACCUCCUCACUCCCUAGCAAGUUAAAUGGAUUUAUUCAGGUUUUCCUUGACGGUGGACUGAAUCAACAAAGAAUGGCAAUCUGUGAUGCAGUUGCUGUUGCUAAGAUUUUGAAUGCUACCCUUGUUAUUCCACACCUCGAAGUUAAUCCUGUUUGGCAAGAUAUGAGCUCAUUUGAGGAGAUAUUUGACAUUGACCAUUUUAUUGAUACACUAAAAGAGGACAUCUCAAUAUCUAGAGGAUUGCCUAAAGAAUACUCUUGGAGCACCAGAGAGUAUUAUGCUAUUGGCAUUCGUGCUACAAGAGUGAAGACUGCACCUGUUCAUGCUUCUGCAGAUUGGUAUCUCGAGAAUGUUCUGCCUGUCUUAUACAGUUACGGCAUCGCUGCUAUUUCUCCCUUCUCCCACCGACUGACUUUCGACAAUUUGCCAGGAGAUAUACAACGCCUGAGAUGUAAAGUAAAUUUUCAGGCAUUAGCUUUUGUUCCUCAUAUCACUGCAUUAGGACAGACCCUUGUUAAGAGAUUGAGGAAUCCAAUCCAUGAAAAGACCAAUGAGUAUAUAAAAGAGAUACAAGAUGAGAAUGAAGCAGGCUCAGGAAAAUUUGCAGUGUUACACCUUCGGUUCGAUAAGGACAUGACGGCACACUCUUCCUGUGAUUUUGGAGGUGGUAAAGCUGAAAGGCUUGCCUUAGCCAAAUACAGGCAAGUGAUAUGGCAAGGGAGGGUGUUAAAUUCCCAAUUCACUGACGAGGAGUUGCGAGGCCAGGGUAGAUGCCCAUUAACCCCUGAAGAAAUAGGACUGCUACUGGUAGCCUUGGGCUUUGACAGCAGCACCCGGCUAUUUCUCGCCUCCCAUAAGGUGUAUGGUGGAGAGGCUAGAAUUUCUAGCCUGCUAAAGUUAUUCCCACUCAUGGAAGAUAAGAAGAACCUUGCUUCAGAAGAGGAACUAAUGCAGGUGGAUGGCAAGGCAUCUCUUCUGGCCGCCGUCGACUACUUUGUUAGCAUGCACGCAGACAUCUUCAUCUCUGCAUCCCCUGGCAAUAUGCACAAUGCAGUAUUGGGCUAUCGGACAUAUAAGAACUUGAAGACCAUACGACCGAGCAUGAGCCUGUUAGGGCAAUUGUUUCUGAAUAAGAGCAUAGAGUGGUCUGACUUUCAACAGGCGGUCGAGUCAGGUCACAAGACGCGACAAGGGCAGAUUAGGUUGAGGAAGCCAAAACAGUCUAUUUACACAUAUCCAGCUACAGAUUGCAUGUGUGGAGGAUGAGGGUAAAAAUAGGGCGAGCAUGAUACAUGACCGGCCGACAGUUAAAUACUCUCGUGUCCCUCUUUAGAAGGCCUGACUAAGUCUUCGUAAGGGCUUUUAUCUUUUACCACCAGAGUUUACAUGUCUCUUCACCAAGGCAUUUGGGGACGAUCAAUUUUGUUUUUCUACAUUAUGAAUGUAUAUGCUUCAACAUGAGCGUAUAAGUAAAACACACCAUGUUAUAAAAGUCAACGACAUGAUUUGAUAAGGCCAGUAAAUGGUGCCUCAAUCUGACUUUUGUGGCAACAUCGUCCUACACAAGGAGACGGAUCCGGAUCGUGUGACUGAGG